CGCGGAGCCGCCGCCGAGGAGGCCGGUGCAGGGCCUCCUUGGGGCGGGAGCGCCUGCCUGGCCGCAGGGCGACCUUCCCCUUUUGCGCGCGCGGCCCCCGCCCGGCAAGGCGCCUUGCGUCGGCGGGGCUGCUCCGCGCGGCUGAACUACACUUCCCGGCGUGCCGCGCCGUCGGGGCGUAAAUCUUCAAAGGCUAACAAAAGAGCAGCCGGCGGAGCUGACAGGCGGCCGGGAGCGCAGCGGCAGCAGCUGGACGCCGCGGCCCCGACCUGCCGCAGCCCCCGCGGCCUCGGGCCCAGCCCCGCUCCCGCCGCUUUGCCCUGGGGACGCGGGAGGUGAGCCCGCCGGCGCCUCGCGCCAGCAAGCCUCGGCGGCGGGCUGGCGCUCUGCUCCCGGGCGCCCCACGGAGAGAUGGCCGGGGGAAGCCUCGCCCAGGUGCCCGUGGCCUUUGAGGACGUGGUGGUCUACUUCUCACCCGAGGAGUGGGCGGAGCUAGCAGAAUGGCAGAAGGAGCUUUAUCAAGACGUAAUGGCUGAGAACUAUGAGCUGGUCUCUUCGCUGGAAUGCCUGCUCGCCAUCCCUGAAGUGCUGUCCCGGCUGGCGAGAGGGGAGGCACCACCCACCGCUGCAGCCCCCCCACCCCCUGCAGGAAACACUGACUCCCCAGUUGAUGGAGCUGUGAGCGAGGAGCGGGAUGAAAGGAAAUCUGACGCUUUGCAACACCCUCAUGGGCCUGAUCCCGACUUGUUGAAGGGGACUCGCCCUCGCCACUCCAGGACUGCAAAGAAGGGCCCCAAGAGGGCAGUGGCAUCUCAGGCCGGGCAGAAGCUGGCAGGGGCAGGCCAGGGCCCCAGGGACAGCAGCGCCCCGAGGCCAAAGACCCGGAAAAGGGAGAAGCCUUUCAAGUGUCCCAAGUGCCAGCGGAGGUUCCUGGGCCGCCUCGCCUUGACCGCCCACCGGCGCCUGCACGUCCGCAAGUGGCCCCGGAUCAGUCCCCAGAGUGCGGGGCGCUCCUCCCACACGCCGGACAUAGCCGUGCCGCAAGAGGGCCAGCUGGGCACCGGCGCCAGCCCCUUCCCUUGCGGCCAGGGCGAGGGGACGCUGCCCUUCUGGCCUGAGAUGGCCUUGCACCAGCAGGCCACCAUGGCCCACAGCUUCAACCCCUGGUCCCUUGGGUACGGGCCCCAACCCUUGCCGGGCCAUCAGGCGCCAGGGCUGCAUGGCAAUGGGGAGUUUAUCUGCGACCAGUGCGGGUGGAGCUUCCACGGGUGGGAGGAGCUGGUCACUCACCAGAUGGCCCACAUGGCUGCCGAAGGGAUCGCCGGCUCCGUGCCCAAGGCGGGGGCCCUUGCCCAGCUGGCCGGCGACAGGCCGUACGCAUGCAACCAGUGCGGGAAGAGUUUCCGCCACAAGCCCAACCUCCUGGCCCAUCGCCAAGUGCACACGGGGGAGCGGCGCUACCAGUGCCAAGAGUGCGGCAAGUCCUUCGGCAGCAAGGCUUACCUGGCCUCCCACCAGCACAUCCACACCGGAGAGAAGCCGUACGUCUGCGGCCAGUGCGGCAAGAGCUUCCGCCACAAGCCCAACCUCAUCUCCCACCAGAAGAUCCACACCCGGGAGCCCCUGCCGCAGAGCCACCCGCUGGAUGCCUUCAACGGGGAGUCCUUCCAGAGCCACCGCCCAAUGGCGGAUCCCCUCGGCCUGGAGGCGUUCCAGCCCCCCCGUCCCCCUGUGGACACCCACCUGCCUUGUGCCCAGAGCGACACCCCGCUGCCCAGCGCCCUCCCUUCCCCGCAGCCCCAGCUGGCGGUCGACCGCCCCUUCGUCUGCCCGGUCUGCGCCAAGCAGUUCCGCUGCAAGCCCUACUUGGUGGCCCACAUCCGCAUCCACACGGGCGAGAAGCCCUACGCCUGCAGCCGCUGCCCCAAGCGCUUUUCCCAGAAGUCCAACCUGGUUUCCCACGAGCGCCUGCACACGGGCGAGAAGCCCUACGCCUGCCCGCUCUGCCCACGGGUCUUCAGCCAGGGCUCCAACAUGCGCGCCCACCAGCGCAGCCACCGGAACAUUGUCACUGGCGAGACAGAUGCCUGCCUUCGCCAGGGCUAUGUGGUGCGACAGGCUCCGCCGCCGCAGCCACCACCGAAGCCGAACUAGGGCUCCGCGGUUGGUUCCUCAACAGCUGGCCUGGCCCCUGGUCUGCACCAAGCCACUGCCUCUUGCCCUCCGUUGCCGUCCAACCAACCCUUCCUGCGCACUGUGCGUCCCUGCGGCAGUGCAUGCACGCAGCAACUAGAGGUUUGCAAAGGCCACCCCCAAAGAGAUUUCCCAAGUCUUAUUUAAAUCCCGUGGAAUUCCUGCAGAUGUCCAGGCAGAACAGGCCAUCUCUCCCCCUCCACCACUACCACCACCCGGCCUUAACUUUGGCAUUUUGCUUUGGCAAAUCUAGCCCUCUCCUAAGAAAUCCCGCAAGGCAGGCGAAGGGCCACAGGGCCCCUAACUCUGCGUUCAGUCGCUGGAAAGAGAGUUGCCAAGCCUCAGGCCUCCCUGGAGACUUUGCCUGCUGUCCCAGAUGUGCAGGGGAGAAGCUGUGUCCACUCAGCAGUGAAGGAAAAUGCACUCUGCGCAUGUUCAGAAAUAUUUUCUUUUAUUGUGACUUCACAUGUUUCAACCACGGCAUCAUCACAGGUCCUGGGAAAAAACCCUGGCCCAGAGGGUAGGAGCAUGUCAUUAAAAGGGGGCCGGAGGCCCAUCGUUCAGAAGCUGAGCACAUCUUCAGAUGCGGAGACUUCCCAGUUCACUCCCUGGCAUCUCCAGUUUAAAGGAUCUUACUCUGGGGAGCCAGGCGGGGGGGCAGUGCUGAGCUGAAUGGCCCAAUGGUUUGAUUCUGUACAAGGGGAGGGUUCAUUUGCCCACUGUCUCCAGUCAGGGAGAGGAGGACUCCUGCAGCCUUGCCAGUGAAGCCUUGCAGGGAACCGACCUGAGCUCUGGCCUCUAAAAAUAAAAAUCCAGCCCUUCGCUGCUGCUCUGCAGGCAGGCAGGUGCCCAUGGAUGUUUUCAUGCCUGGGCCUUGGCAGAAUUUGGAACAGGGAUGUGCCUGUGGACAGAGAGAGGAAGAUGGCUUUUUGACUCACAGCUGACACAGCAUGAUGGAUUUUCACAAUUACAAGCAGGCCUAUUUGCCAAGAUUUUGGUCUGUGGAAAGAAAAUCCACACAGAAUCGGGCAAGAACUUUGUUUAGGAUUGCAGCUUAAUUUUUUUUUUUAAAAAAAAGAAGAAAAUAAGCAUGCUCCUAGUCCUCAUCAUUGUGGAGACAAAUCUGAAGAAGUGUAAGUAGUCUCUGCACGAGGUUCAGAUCUGUGGUGAGGGGCUCCUGGGUCUUGCAUGGUGACCUGUGGCACCCUCCUGCCUCGCAGUUCUGCUCUCCUCUCGCCUCCUCACCACUUGCCCACCUUUCUACCUUCUCUUACUUUUGCUGCUGCAUCACUGCAUGCAAAUGGAGCAACUUGAUCAGCUUAUUUGCAUACAUUUGUUUUAUUUGGCAUUAUUUAUAUCAGGGGCAGGAUUUGGAUUUGGGAUUGUUUUUGGUGAAGACUUGUGAAAAGGAGAUCGGAUCCUGAACUACUAAUGCUAACUUAAGGAAAUGCUGUAACAAGACUGCUCUUUUUGAGAUGCCCUGUUUUAGACACAAGCAGGUUACACUUUCCAUUUUCAACCAAUUUCCUGUUGUGUACUCUUUUAAACAAAUAAAGCAGUAGAUGUUAAUUUUAAAAA